AGAACGAUGUCUUUUGGAGGGAAAAGUUCCCAAGAGUUGCGUGGAUAUGAGAAGAUCAAGACGGUCGGAAAAGGUUCCUUCGGCACGGCCACUCUCUACAAGAGGUUGGAAGAUGAAGUUUUUGUGGUGAUGAAAGAGGUCUUCGUCUCGGACAUGUCGCCAAUCGAGAAGAGCGCUGCUUUGAACGAAGUUGAGGUGCUCUCCUCUUUAGAUCAUCCUAACAUAAUCAAGUAUUUGGGGAGUUUUCAGCAUGGCGGAAGUCUGAUGAUCGUGAUGGAAUACGCGGACGGCGGUAACUUGGCGCAGCUGAUAAGCAGGAAGCAGGAGAAGCGGGAGAAAAUUCCGGAACCGGAAAUUCUCGAUAUCUUCGAGCAGAUUUGCUGCGGAAUCAGUUACAUGCAUGCGAACAAGAUUCUGCACAGAGACAUGAAAUCUGCGAACGUCUUCUUGAACAAAGACGGAACUGUUAAGAUCGGCGAUUUCGGUAUUUCCAAGAUGAUGAACACCAGGUCGCAGGCGCACACCGUCGUCGGAACACCGUAUUAUUUAAGCCCGGAGAUGUGCGAGGGCAAAGAUUACAAUGAAAAAUCAGACGUAUGGGCGAUGGGCUGCAUCCUCUACGAACUCGUCUGCCUUCGCAGACCGUUCGAGGCCCCAACACUCCCCCUGCUCAUCCAAAAAAUCUCAUCCUGCGAUUUUCCGCGAAUCCCCAAUACCUAUUCCGAUGGAAUCUUCCAGCUGAUAGAGAUGAUUCUGCAGAGGGAUAGCGAGAAAAGACCAUCCGGUUUGCUCAUGUUGCAUACAAUUAUACCAGCGAUUCGCGAAGAAUUGAAGUCCUUAUCGGCGAGACUCUCAGAAUCUUUGUCCUUGAGCCCACCGAAAGAACGUUCCGUUCUGUACGAUCUGCAAGGAUUCACAUCAAACGCAAACCUACAUCCGACAGAUUUACCCUCAAAUUUGAAGCUAAUCGAUGUAGCGCAGAGUUUCACGCAUUCCUUGGUAAUUUCCGAUGAUUUCAAAGUGUUUUCCUGGGGGGAAGAUGCGCACGGUCAGCAGGGCCUUGGGAUGCGUGAGGCUUUCCGAAGAACACCGAUUGCGAAUAAAUCGUUGCAAUCGUAUAAAGUUAUCAGAUGUUGCGCCGGUCUUAAUUUUACCAUAUUUCUAACAGAGGAUGGAACACUAUUGUCCUGCGGUAACGGCAAAUUCGGUUGCCUCGGUCAUGGAAAUUGGAGCGAUCAGUUAACGCCAAAAUUUAUUGAGUCUCUGAAGAAUAUGAAAAUAUCCGAAAUCUGUAGCGGAGCAAACCACGUUUUGGCUUUAGCGACGAACGGAAAAGUCUUCGCCUGGGGAUCGGCUCAACACGGACAGUUGGGACUUGGUCACACUCAAUACUGUUGUAAACCAAUGCCGCUAAAACUAUCGGAUUUCAACGUGCAGAAGGUCUUUGGCGGAGAGGACUGUUCCGCACUCUUGACCACUUCCGGAAAGAUUUACUUCGCCGGAAGCAACACUUACAGCAAACUCGGUUUUAAGCAAGCGCAACUGUUGAAAACCUUUUGGCUUUUCGAAGGAAUCAAAGAGCGUUUCAUGGAUGUGUCCUUUGGAAAGAAGCACACGGUUCUUCUGGGCACAACCGGAAACGUUUAUUGCCUCGGAAGCAGCGAGCACGGGCAAUGCGGAAAAUCUGAAACGAGAUUAAUCUUGAACAAAGUCGAAAGAAUAAGCGCAGGACCCACGUAUACUGUAGCAUCGACUUACGAGAACGUCGUGUACUUCUGGGGUUCUUACAGCAAAAGAUCCAAAAACGUCGAUUGCAAUUUACACUUAUUCCAAAACGACAUUUACGAAAAAUCGCAGAAGACAAUUCAAUUGGAGGAUUCACCAAAACCAAUCUUAGCUCUAUACGCCUCAGCUGAGAAGAUUAAGAAUGGUAAUAUCUUGUGGAUUGGAGGAUUAGUUGCUAAUGCAAACAGCGUUUCUGUUUUGGUGCACACUACAACACCCACUCAGAAAAAGCACGACGAAGAUGUUGAAGAUGAUUGCAGUCGAGUGCUGAACACGAAUUGGACCAGUUCCAAUCAGACUUUGGCGACGGGAAUUGCUCUUAUGAAUACGCCGUUUCAAUGAGGAACAUUAAGAUUAUUAAUUUCUCUUUCUUUAGCAAUUUUAAUUAAUCAAAGAGACUUUACAAAGACCAACUUAAUUAAUGAUUACUUGUAUUUAUGUACAGUAUACAGUGUUCUCAAUAUUUGUUGAAAUACACUCGAUAAAGUUGAA